GUUUCACAUAUGGGGGGAAAGGCGAGAGACAGAGAGAAAUGGAGAAAAGGGGAAGAAACAAACAGGGGGGCGAUGAAGUAAAAUGUUAAGCGGUUAAAAGGCAGGGGAGAAGCGCUAAAGUCCUUCCGUACGUGCUCAAAAAAGGGGACGAAAACGAGCUUCAUCUUGUCCGUGCGUGUGGAACUUAGUGUGGAACGGGCGAGGCGCCUCCCUGUAGCCGGGCUGCUUGCACGAAGCUCCGGCUAAACGCCGCGCUGCACCGCGCUGUCUUGACCGACCUGGGGGCCACGAGCUUCGCCCACAGUUGUUCGGCGCCGUCGGUCAUUAGCAUGGCCCCGCUUCUUUUUCGGAGUGGCCUGAUAACAUUUAGCGUUCACGUUAAAUCUAUGCAAAGGGAUAAAGGCAACUUUAGCCGCGAAUUAAUCUCGUAACGUACCCUUUUUUUGGAGAAGGGCGAAGUCCAGAUAGUAGCCAUAAACAAAAAGUGCCGAAAAAAUUGUGUUUGAGAUUAAACAAGCUUUUAGCAGCACCCAGAAGGCAGUCCGCAUGGAGCGAGCAGGCAGCAUCCAGCUGGACAUUCCCGACUUCAGCAACUCCGUUCUCUCUCACCUGAACCAGUUGCGCAUGCAAGGCCGCCUCUGUGACAUCGUGGUCAAUGUGCAGGGCCAGAGCUUCCGCGCUCAUAAAGUGGUCCUGGCCGCCAGCUCCCCUUACUUCAGGGACCACAUGUCACUCAGCGAGAUGAGCACGGUGUCGCUGUCCGUGAUCCGGAACCCUUCCGUGUUCGAGCAGCUCCUGUCUUUCUGCUACACUGGCCGCUUGUGUCUGCAGCUGGCCGACAUCAUUAGCUACCUGACGGCGGCCAGCUUCCUCCAGAUGCAGCACAUCAUCGACCGCUGCACGCAGAUUUUAGAGGGCAUCCACUUUAAGAUAAGUUUGGCUGACGUGGAAGAGGAGCUGACGGGCUCUCAGGCCCACAGGAGCACCGGCCGGACCAUCGAGCCCGAAAGGGGUGGAGCUACGCUCGGAGGCUCCCGCUCACUCAGUCCCAGGCACGGUGGCUCUAGGGUGAUCACCACCCACAGUGCUGCCGGAGGGGUUCUAGACAUCCGAGACAUCAGGGAGGUCCGUGAGGUGAGUCCGUCCGGAGAGUCCAUGAGCCCACAGGUGGUGGAGCACAGCGGCCUGGGCGCCGAGGCCUCAGUGGGGAAAGAGCCCAUACUGCGCAUUAACCGGGCGGGCCAGUGGUAUGUGGAGACGGGGCCUGAAGUAGAGAGGGGCGGAGAGGAGGGAGUGCGCGUUGUGGAAGGUCUGCGCAUCAAGACGGAGCGGAUGGAGGAGUGGAUAGGGGCGGAGACUCAGGCAUCGGCAGAGGAGGGCAGCGGUGCGGAAGAGGGGCACACCAUGAUGAUUGACACCUCAGGACGCAGCACACUGGUGCAGGAGGGCUUUGUCACCGGGGCUUCCAGAGCCAAGAGCUCCCAGCCCUCCAGCAGCUUCAGCGAGUCUGAGAGGUUUAGCCCAACAGGCAGCGUGGUGGUGAUGGCCGAGAGACCCAGGGCCAAAAGUGAGUCUCCAGGAAGAGUGGACGACCAGAGACAUCCCACUUCUCAGGGAGAGGAGCCUGCUGUGUUCGACAUGGGCGGCUAUGAGGAGUACCUGCGGGAACAGGUGGGCGACCGCUGGUUCCGUUACAAUCCGCGCCUCACCUGCAUCUACUGCUGCAAGUCCUUCAACCAGAAAGGUAGCUUGGACCGGCACAUGCGUCUGCACAUGGGCAUCACGCCCUUCGUGUGCCGCAUGUGCGGGAAGAAGUACACGCGCAAAGACCAGCUGGAGUACCACAUCCGCAAGCACACAGGCAACAAGCCCUUCCACUGCCACGUCUGCGGGAAAAGCUUCCCCUUCCAGGCCAUCCUGAACCAGCACUUCCGCAAGAACCACCCGGGCUGCACUCCGCAGGAGGUGUCCCACAGCGCCUCGCCCGAGACCACCACCGUCACAUCCCGCGGCGGCCAGAAUGAGGAUGAGUCCCCCAGCCAGGAGGACGCCGAAGGCAACGGGGCAGGAGGCAGAGGGGGCGGGGCUUCGUCCUUUGGCGAAGGGGUCCAGCCGUCUGUUUCUACCACUGGGCCCGACUGA